CGUGCGAGUGCGAGCCUGUGGCGGCGACAGCACACUGUGUUCAGGUGCCUAUUGUAAACAUAGCCUAGCUUUACUCUCAUCGAUACGAUGACAAAUACAGUGAUGGCCUGUUUAAAUUUCAGUAGAUGAUAUUGAAUAGUCUGAUACGAAGCUGAUAUGAUUCGACAGAACGAGGGAUCAGCUGCGUCCAAUUACCACCACUUGCCUACUUUGUGCAGUUUUCUAUAGGCUAAAACACGGCACUCAAUCGUUCAACGAGACUACGGAUGUGUACACUCAGACGUCCGCAUUUAAUUACAUACUUUGUCCUGUCUGUUAGAACCCGCAGCUGAGAAAAGACAGAUCUUUAGUCAUGGCUAAAUCUCAGGGGCAGAAGCCCACUUCACCCAUCGAGGGUCCUGAUGGAGGGUGGGGUUGGGUAGUGGUUGGGUCUCUGUUUGUGGCCUCUGCCUUGGUCUUCGGCCUCAUCCGUAGUCUGGGGGUCUUCUUCGUGGAGUUUGUGCAGUAUUUUGGUGAGAGUGCCCAAGCUGUAUCCUGGAUCACCUCCAUAGGGGUUGCUAUGCAACAACUCUUCAGUCCUGUUGGAACAGCGCUGUGUAAUGCGUAUGGAGCCCGUCCUGUUGUGAUGAUGGGCGGGUUUCUCUCAGGACUUGGUCUCAUUUUGGCCUCACAGGCCUCAACCCUCAGACACCUUUACCUAACCAUGGGUCUCAUUUCAGGUGCAGGCUGGGCUUUUGUCUUCACCCCGACGGUGGCGUCUGUGAUGCAGUACUUCACCGCCCGACGGUCCCUGGCCAUGGGCCUGGGCUUCACCGGCGUGGGGCUCUCGUCCUUCGCCUUCUCUCCUCUCUUCCAGUACCUGGUGGAGGCCUAUGCCUGGCGCGGGGCAUUACUCAUACUUGGGGGGCUCAGCCUUAACAUGGUCGCGUGUGGUGCUCUCAUUCGACCCAUAGGGUCCCCAAAGACUCUAAAGAUGAGCGAAAAGUUGACCGGGGUCUCCAGAUACACCUCGCUGUUGUCGCAGGUGUGCGUUUACCUCGAGCUUUCCCUGCUGUGCAGUCGGGCUUUCCUCACCUACGCCAUGGCCAUCACCUUCUUCAACGUAGGCUACUUUGUGCCUUACGUCCACCUGGUGGCGCACUGUCGGCAGAUGGGCUUCUCCGAGUACCAGGCUGCCUUUGUCAUCUCGGCCACAGGCAUUACUGACAUCGUGGGCCGCGUCGUGUCCGGCUGGGCUUCGGACCUUGGCCACCUCCGUCUGCCACACAUGCUGACUGUCUGGACCGGCCUGCUUGGCCUCUUCAUGCUCCUGCUGCCGGUGAGUGGUUCGUACCCGGGCCUGCUAACUGUCAGCUUGGCUUACGGGUUCUGUGCCGGCGCCAUGACCCCCCUGGUUUUCGCUGUGGUGCCCGAGAUCGUGGGCAUGAGCCGGAUGCUAGGCGCUCUGGGCCUGUUGCAGCUCAUCGAGAGCAUUGGAGGACUCUUUGGAGCCCCGAUGUCCGGCUGGCUGAAGGAUUGUACGGGUUUUUACACUGCCUCCUUCAUGGUUGCUGGCAGUUUCCUCAUCCUGGGAACUGUGGUAACAGCAACCUUGCCCCAUUUUUGUUCCUGUUCAAAUCCACCCCCACCCUGCGAAACAAAGAAGACCCCUCAGGACCACUGUGUCGAGGAUGGUCUGAUGAAACACAUCUCGCCCUCUGAAUCAACCUCAGAGAAAUUACAGCUGUCGUUCCCUGAAGUGGAGUUGCCACUCCAUAGGAAAAACAGCAUUCCAGAUCUACAGUCUCAACAUGAAGACACAAAUGUCAGCAAUGACAACACAGAACAUGAUAAAUGUAGCCGAACAGUCAAUGCAUCAGAUCAGAAGAUUGAUGCUGAAUGAUUCCAGCCAGGAGAUAGCUUAUGUACAUUAAAAAAAAACCCCAAAACAAAACCAAAGCCUGCCCACACAAGCUGAUGCCUUUUAGCAUCUUAGUCAUGGUUAGCGGCUUCAACAGACAGCUAACAGGAAGGGUAAGAUUUGCUUGGCCAAUCACAGUGACUGCUUUUGGUUCAAGCUCUCAUGGGAAACUUUUAUUAAAUAUGGUUCGAUGUGGUGGAUGGGAAGUAUUUGAAAGGACAGUCAUUCUAGUGCUAAUCAGACCAAUCAUUUUGUCUUUUAGCAUGAAUGACUGUUCUGUAAGUAUCUGCGUGUUUUAAAUUGUACAUGAUUUUCAGGCCUGGGCCAGUCACCUCACAGUGAGUGCCCUCUGUGUUCGUCUGCAGUACUGUCUAAAUAAGCCAGGCGAUUGGCGUAGCAUCGCUAUGUUCGCCACUACUAGCCCGGACAGGGGUUAUAGCCUUAAAAAAGACAUGAGGACAGGGUUUGUUUUAUUUAAAAGACGAACUAAGGUUGUCAGAUUACCUCAGUCAAUGAACUGUGCUCGGGCUCGUGACGUGCUCCCUUGUUAGCUGUCCCCUGUUAUCGGCUUAUCACCACGCAUAUCCAACAGCAACGCACAACCAUGCCACUGACUGCCGCUGCCGAAGUGCCACAAGGUUCUCAGAAAAACUCGACUGGAAUCUCCUUUCUGGAACUGAUAAAGGACACGUUGGAAAUUUGCCUGUUAACAGUUUAACGAUCGAUCUUGCGUGCGUCAGGAAAAACUCCUCACCUUCGAAAUAUCAUGGUUAAAUUCAGAUGCAUUUACAGAUGUUUGAAACCUUUGUGAGGACUAGGUCUAAGUAACAGGACGAGGAUAAAAGUUUAUUAACAUUUUUAAGUUUAUGUGUAUUAACUUUGUGGAAACAAUCCAUGCUGGCAGAAGGCGCUGAACUGUCCUCUAAACGAGGCUAUGCUCGAUCGGUUAUUUGUGAUUUUAUCUUUAAAUAAAACAUUUCGUGCAGUUACAGAUAACAAAUAGGACAUAGUAGCAAUGAGGUUAAGAAUACAGACAGACCGAAAUAUAAAACGUGCUAUGAAAUGCGAGGUGCUAAAAAGCCUUCUGUUUGAGAGCACAACCACAAGAACAUACGAAGUCGCGAAAACUUCGACAAGACCCAAACACUGGACAAAAAAAUAAAAUGAGGUUUUUAAAUCGUGGUGUUAAAAGAUGACGGCAUAACGUUAAUAAAACAUGGUAUUUAAAGCAAAACGGUUUCAUAAAGCAAGAUGAACUGCGGUUUGGGACCAUGACACGCGCACCAGAUGUUAAAACGCUGUAAACUACCGCAUAAAAUGCGGAUUUGCAGCACAGAGAGGGAGGUACUCUUUACCUGGAAUAUCUUAACAUUUGCCCUCCAGUUCUGCUUAAGAAUCUUUAGCUAACUUUAAGAGCACCACCUUGUCCGAAGUAAAUGUGUUCGGAGAAUCUGUUUCUCCCUGUGAACCGGGGGUUAUUCCCGUACCAUAUUGCACUAGUUCUACAUAAGAUGAACUGACAGGAGCUCAGUAACUUAAGUCGCCCAGCUGGGGGUUGUAAUAUCCGUUAAACAUUAUCAUGCUAUAGGACACAUUGCACCCCCUCCCCCUCCUUCGGUACGUGUAGCUACAGUGGCAACAAUCUGUUCUGAUAACGCGCGUUUCAUGCUGUUAGUUUUACUUUCUCAUAUACCUAACGGGGGAAUGGUCGUGAUUGUUAUUUUAAUGUUUUGAUAUAUUUACCCUGGUUGUGGGGUUCAGAAUAAGUUAAUCGGACGGCAUCCAGCCCUCAUAUCGUUAAACACAUGUAGCAGAUUUGGUAGAGUGGCAGAUUUUCAGUGACAGUUUGUCCGCUCAGGAAAGACCCUGGUCUCAGUUACUGUGUUUUGGCAGAAGACCAAGGUAGACCACGCGUGAGUAACUGACACAAACCCAUUCUGAUCUAGAACAUUCCCUUCCUCAUUAAGCGAUCUUGGAAAGACUUGGAGUGAAACACUGACAGAUGAGUUUGUCAACAGAAAGAAACUCAUGACGUCUUCAUUACGUAGUGUCACCAAACUCUGAAAAGUAUAACUAAAGAUAGUCACAUGUGUCUGUAGUCUGGGAUGUUCAAAUUUUAUACAGGAUUUUUCUCCAAAUUUUCACUUUGCGCAACCCCCUUUCGUAUUAGGAAGUGGCUGAUCUCCUAGGCAAGCAUCCUGUCUGGAUAUUUACCACAAAAAGAGUUUAAUAAUCUAUGCUUUUUAUCAUUCAUUUAACCAAUCAUUUUAGGCCUAUACAUGCAAGCUAGCGUUUGGUACGGAUUCUUUAGACUCAGAAAAAAGUUUCAAAUAGACUGAAUUACGGUAAAAGCUCUAAUGCCCAGUCAGGUUUGGAUCUGCCGUGACGUGCUUUGGUAUGGAGCGGUUCUCUGACUAUAGAGAGCACCGUGGUCUGUGAGGUGGGUCGUAGCUGCCCAGAGGGUGUAGCGUGUGAAUGGAUUUGUUUUUAGAAGCCGCUGAGGCUCUCGUGUGCAAAGUCGAGCCAUGUGAGCCAUAAUACCCCACGCCUGGGAAAACCGAGAACUCAAGGCUGCUGAAUUCUCCCUCUCGUACAAGAGAAGAACCCGCAGUUUUCUCUCUCACGCAAAUAUGCGCACGCACGCACACACACACAUCUGACCAAGUGUCCUUUUCGGUGCCAGGGUGGUUGUACACCGUCGUUAUCGGUAAGACCCUAAGAGGGGGAGGUAUCAAAUGGGUCCAAAGAGACAAGCUGAGUCUAUUUACGGAAUUCUAGGCAGUAACUUUCAUUUUUGAGUUACAAUAUCCCAGAGGCUUAAAAGAUGUUUUAUCCAAGGGUAUAAACCGCCUUCUGUUUCAUUGCUUUGUUCUUUACUUACACUUACACUUAUUUCAUCAUGGCUGAUCAUUCAGUCAAAUUCGUUGAGCCGAGUAUUGACAUACAGUAAAAGACGUGAACUCUUAGGCUACUUAUUGAGAACUGACCAGAACUGCAUUUUAGCUUGCUGGGUUUUGCUGCCUGAAGAAUGAGAUGAAUGGAAAUGAAUGGAAAAAAUGCAGAGGGUAAUCAGUGCUGAUGUGUGUCAGUCUGGUCACAGUCGCUGACUCAGUCUUUUGCGCUCAGCCCGUCUGCUCCCGGACUUAAUCUGUUUCGCUGUCGGACUCAAAAAAAAGUCAAUGUCAAUGCUCAAGCGCACACAUUAUUGGAUCCAUUCAGUUUGUUUCUGUUGUUUCUUCCUUUCUUGUGUUUUCCGGUACGCACAUGUACUAGUAGGACGGUAUUUUUUGUAUGGUGA